AUGGCAAUGCGACUGCCCGGCGGGGUACGAAAUAGCAAAGAUUUCUGGGACAUGUUGGUCAACAAAAAGAGUGGACUUUGCCCAGUUCCUGCCGACCGAUACAACAUUGACGGAUUUUACAAUGACGAGUCCGAAACUGCUACUCGUGGUACAGUUCAGCAACCAUUGGGAUACUUCCUUGAUCAUGUCCAAAUCAAACAACUUGAUAUGUCAUUCUUUUCGUUCCCCAAAAAGGAACUGGAACGGCUGGAUCCACAACAGAGACAGUUGCUGGAAGUUGCGUGGGAGUGUAUGGAGAAUGCUGGUGCAACGAACUGGCGAGGUACUGAUAUUGGCUGUUUUGUUGGGGUCCUAGGCGAGGACUGGAGGGAUAUUAACUCAAAAGAGACUCAACACUCGGGAUCCUACCGAGUCACGGGAUAUGAGGAUGCUUUCCUUGCGAAUCGUCUGUCGUUCGAAUAUGAUCUUCAUGGUCCAAGUUUAACCGUGAAGACUGCGUGCUCUUCGUCCCUAUCAGCGCUGCACCUCGCAUGCGAUGCUAUUCGGCUGGGCGACUGUUCUUCCGCUUUGAUCGCUGGCAGUAGUCUUAUCUUUUCUCCUAGUAUGACACUUGCUUUCUCUGAUCAAGGAAUCGUUUCACCCACGGGAACUUGCAAAACAUUCGACGCAGGCGCAGAUGGUUAUGCUCGAGGUGAAGCGAUCAACAUGAUUUAUAUCAAGAAGUUGAGCGAUGCCAUUGCAGCAGGCGAUCCAAUCCGUGCUGUAAUUCGUGCCACGGCGACAAACUGUGAUGGAAGAACCCCAGGUGUCAUGACUCCAAGUCCCAAGGCGCAGGAAGCCCUCAUUCGUCGCGCAUACGCCGUCGCCGGUAUCUCGGACUUUUCCCAGACUGGCUUUGUGGAAUGUCAUGGGACAGGUACGCAAGUCGGCGAUCCACUAGAGACAGCUGCUGUAGCUAGCGUUUUUGGCGAGAAAGGAGUAUUAAUUACAUCGGUCAAGCCCAAUGUCGGUCAUUCCGAAGGAGCAGCUGGCAUUUCUAGUGUCAUUAAAGCAGUGCUGGCUUUAGAAAACCGAACGAUUCCGCCAAAUAUCUUCUUCAACCAACCAAACCCCAAAAUACCCUUCGAGCAAGCCAAGUUGCGAGUGCCGGUUGAUGCUGAACCAUGGCCCACCGAUCGUGCAGCUAGAGUCAGUGUCAAUUCAUUUGGUAUUGGUGGUGCCAACGCUCAUGUUAUUAUUGAUGGGUGGGUGGAACAUGAGCUUGACAGCGGUCAUGGUAGUUUGGACGAGGAGAUCACUCCUUCUAGUGAUGAGCAAUACCACUUGCUUUUAUUUUCUGCUAAAAGCAAAGAGUCCGUCGACAGCAGCAUUUCAAACCACCAACGCUACAUUAACGAUAUUCCAGUCAGGCUGCAAGACCUGUCGCACACCUUGGCAAGCAGACGAGAGCAUCUGCCAUAUCGAGCAUUCGCGUUGACAAAUAAUUUAUCGAAUCUGGAAACAACACCUGUUGAAUUGACUGGAAGUGUCCCAAAGGUUGUCUAUAUCUUUACAGGCCAGGGCGCUCAAUGGCCACAAAUGGGCAGGCGAUUACUUCAGGUGAACUCAGCGUUCAGGCAAAGUAUCAGGGAAUUGGACGAAUCUCUCAAAGGUGUUGCUCCAGAGUUGACCUGGAAAAUUGAAGAUGAGCUAUGUAAACCUGCCACCGAAAGCAAGAUCCACACUGCAGAACUUUCUCAACCCAUCUGCACAGCCAUCCAAAUUGCUUUGGUCGAGACCCUCCGUCUCUGGAAGAUCGAGCCAGAUGCUGUUCUUGGACACUCUUCUGGUGAGAUUGCUGCUGCCUACACAUGCGGUGCUAUUUCCAUGGCCUCUGCUCUGGCUAUCGCGUGCUUCCGCGGUGCUACAGCACAUGCUUCACGCCGGAAGGGCGGCAUGGCUGCCAUCGGACUCGGGCGUGAAGCUCUCCUCGGUUUCCUAGAGCCAGGGGUUGUCAUUGCUUGUGAGAACAGUCAGAGUAGCAGUACGCUUUCUGGAGACCUGCAGCAGGUUGAAAAGGUUGUUGGCAAGAUAAAGGAAGAAUGUCCAGACGUCUUAGCUCGCAUGUUGAAAGUUGAGAAAGCAUACCAUUCUCAUCAUAUGGAGGAAGUAGGCUCCAGUUACCAAGAACAGCUUACCGGCGUUGUCACGAGCUCGGCACCAAAGAUUCCAUUCUACUCGAGUGUUACGGCAAGCAGAAUUGGCGAUGCAAAUGCUCUUGGACCUGCAUACUGGCGUGCAAAUCUAGAAAGCCCAAACUUCCUUCGCGAAAUCGGCCCUCACCCAGCACUCAAGGGUCCUCUACAGCAGAUUCUGCGUGAUAUCGGCCAAGCCGACGACUUCCAUCUCAGUACGCUGCACCGCGGCGCUGAUUGUCAGCAAAGCCUUCUGAGUUUAGCUGGGAAGUUAUUCUUGAAAAACUAUCCUCUUGACCUUGGAGAAAUUUCACCGCCAGGGACUAUCCUCACUGAUUUACCCAACUAUGCUUGGCUCCAUGACAUCAAGCACUGGGAUGAAUCACGCCUCACCAAUGAGUGGAGAUUUCGCUCUCAAACACCACAUGAACUUCUUGGGACACGCAUCCUCGAAGUUAGUAGCGAGCUGCACUGGAGGAACAAAUUUGGCAUCGAUAACCUCCCAUGGCUGACAGGGCAUCAAGUCAGCGGGUCCAUUGUCUUUCCCGCCGCUGGUUAUAUCACCAUAGUUGGAGAGGCCCUCCGACAGCUUUCCGGGGUCAAAGACUACAGUUUGCGACAUGUCAAGAUCUCAUCAGCACUGACACUUGAGCACAACGAAGAAGUGGAGAUGGUCACGAGUUUAAAUCCUCUUCUUACUGAAUCUCCAGAAGAUUCUCCGUGGUAUACAUUUCAUAUCAGCUCCUACAAUGGAGUUGGCUGGGUGAAGCACUGCUCAGGAGAAGGUCGGGCUUCUUUCGACGAGAUUUCUUACCCCCGAUCAGUCGAUGAAGCGCGCCCGUUGCCACGAAAAGUCUCUUCCAACUCGUGGUAUGAAGCGAUGAAUGCAGUGGGUUUCUGCUACGAUGGGCUAUUCCGCGGAUUGCAUUCCAUAUCCGCGGGAACAUCACACAACGAAGCUGUCGCCACAGUACCGAGUCCAACUAAGCAAGAAUGUCUUCCCUACACGCUACACCCAGCUAUGAUCGAUCAAUGUUUCCAACUUCUUGCUCUUGCUUUAAUCCAAGGCCAAACGAGGAAGCUAGACCGACUUUCGGUCCCUACGUUUAUCGACGAAAUUGUCAUCCUGUCAAGCGGGGCUAAUCUACAAGUCAAAGCAUCUGGCUCUGUGUCCGCCAAGGGUGGCUUUACCGGCAGCUUAACUGCUCAACAUAACGGAGAGGUCUCCAUGUUCAUGAAAGGCCUUAAAUCAACACCUCUUGACACAGGAGAGCCAGUCGAUCAAGGUCUUCGAUUGGUUCAGCAAAUUGAGUGGAAGCCGGACAGCGAUUUCAUGCAACUGGAGAACUGUUUUAAGCUGAAAGAAAGGGAAAAGGAAGAAUUCCUCCAACUAGAAUCGCUUUUUAUGCUCUGUAUUGUGGAUCAUCUGGAAAACAUUACGUUAAAUGAUGAUACGCCACCAUACCUCCGGAAAUACUUCGAGUGGAUGCAGACGCAAGUCGCACUCGUUCAGUCGGGCGAGCGAAACCUAGUUGAAAAGGCCCAAGUCCUGUGCGAAUCUUCUCAAAGACAAGAAAAAAUUAAGUCCACGGCAGCUGCGAUUGAAAAGACCGGAGUGGCUGAUUGUGCGGUUGCCAUUCUCCGACUGUUUGAAGCUGCGGGAGCCUUUGCAGCAAAGGCACAGCCUCUGGACAUCCUGAUGGAGGGAAACUUAUUGUCUCGCCUUUACGAUAUCCUUGAUUCUGGUGACUAUGUCACAGCCAUCAACGCAAUUGGAUACAAGAACCCCCGACUAAGUAUUCUUGAAAUUGGAGCGGGAACUGGUGGAACUAGUGCCCAAAUUUUGGAGGCAUUAAAAUCACCCUUUGGCGAGCGAAUGUAUAGCAAGUACACCUACACAGAUAUCUCCCAGUACGAGAAUAUCGAAUAUCGAGUUUUAGACAUCAGCAAAGAUCCGGCGGAGCAAGGUUUUGACUUGGGUGCCUACGACCUUAUUAUCGGUGCUAAUGUUGUGCAUGCGACACCCUCCUUGAACACUUCUCUUACGCAUUUGCGAAGUUUAUUGCAACCCGGCGGUCGUCUCUUCCUCCAAGAGCUGAGCCCAGAAACGAAGUGGGUCAAUUACAUAUGGGGAUACCUGUCAGGUUGGUGGCUAGGAUCUGAAGAUGGACGUCCGGACGAGCCAUAUGUCUCUCCGUCGAGAUGGUCUCAAGAACUGAUUUGUGCCGGCUUCGACACGCCCGAUACAAUUGUAUAUGACGGCCUUGCCCCUUGUCAUUUGAAUGCAAACAUCAUUGCAUCAGCUUCUUCGGAUGAUGCAAAAGAAAAAAGAUUGACCAUUCUUUGCAUGGAUCUAGAGGAGCCACACGUUCGGGCUAUGAAACUCCGUUUAGAGACGAAAAGCGUUGCAGUUGACAUCUGCCUUCUAAAUCAGACUCCCCCACCUGACCAGGACAUCAUUGCACUCCUCGAUUUUCCAGAUCCCAUCUUGCACAGUAUGUCUAAAGAAGUCUUCGGAACCAUUUUCCGUCACGUCCUUGCGAUGAAGAGUAAAAUAUUCUGGGUAACACAAGCUGCCCAAAUUAACAGCAAGGACCCUCGCCACGCAAUGAUACUUGGAAUCGCCCGAACAGCUCGCAAUGAACAGGCUGCAAAACUCUACACGAUCGAAUUGGAUGGCAAGACCGAGAGCACAACAGUAGCUGAUAGAAUUGCUGCGAUAGUUUCACGAGUUAACAAAAAGUCUGCCCAAGAUGAUGCAGUUAUUGUCGAUUGGGAAUAUGCGAUUGUCGAUGGCCAGGUCAAUGUUCCUCGAAUGCACUGGCAAACUAUGCCAGAAUCAAUGGCGCAGUGUGAUGUUCAACCAAAAAGUACCACUCAACACCUGACUGUAGGCACCCCAGGACUACUACACACAAUGCAAUGGACAGAAGAGGCACUGCCUGAAUUGCGAGAUGAUGAGGUCUGUAUUCAGAUCAAGUCAGUUGGGAUGAAUUUCAAAGAUGUUCUUAUCGCAAUGGCAAUCUUGGACAAUGAUGUUGCUGAGAUUGGAUUGGAAGCAUCUGGCAUUGUUCAAUCUCGAGGCUCUGCAGUCACACAUUUGGAAAUCGGCGAUCGCGUUGCGUUCAUGUGCCCUGGCAGCUUCGGAACUUGCAGAGUUCUUGCUGGCUCACUAUGUGUCAAGCUUGAUCCUUCAAUCAAUUUUGAGGAAGGCGCAACAAUCCCCUGUGUUUACGUGACGGCGUUGAUGGCCGUCGUUGACAAAGGAAACUUGGCUCGUGGACAGAGCAUCCUGAUUCACUCGGCGUGUGGGGGUGUUGGGUUGGCCGCAAUCCAAAUCGCUCAGUCGAUAGGUGCUGAAAUUUUCUGCACCGUUGGCAACCCGGAGAAGAUUAAAUACUUACUCAAAAACUACGGCAUCCCUGAAUCACACAUCUUCAACUCUCGCAACGACUCAUUCGCUGCCGACAUUAUGCGAGCGACUAAUGGCAGAGGCGUGGAUCUUGUACUCAACAGUUUGGCCGGAGAGCUUCUUCACGCAUCGUGGAAAUGUGUAGCAGAGUUUGGUACGAUGAUUGAAAUCGGUAAACGUGACUUCAGAAGACACGCUCGAUUGGCUAUGGAUGUGUUUGAGGCAAAUCGUACCUUCAUCGGAUUGGAUUUGGGACUGGUGCAUCAGCAUCGUCCAGAUCAAGCAGUGUCCUUGUUACAAAGAUGCAUGGCGUACAUGGCUUCAGGCGUCACUAGACCACUCCCGCUUGCAAAGGUCUUUGAAGCCUCUGCUGUUCAGGAAGCUUUUCGAUUCAUGCAAGGAGGACAACAUAUCGGGAAGAUUGUUGUAAACAUGCCGAGCGAUGUUCAAACUCUUGAUUCGUUCAGAGCUACCUUAAAACCAAACCUGCGAUCCGAUCGUAGCUAUUUGCUGGUUGGAGGAUUGGGUGGCUUGGGAAAAGUGGUUGCAUCGUGGAUGGUUGAGAACGGUGCACGCCAUCUCAUAUUCCUGUCUCGAUCUGGUGAUACCCACGACGAGACUAGAGAUUUCCUUGAGGAGCUACGUAGCCAAGGAUGUGAGCCUCAAGUGUUCACUGGAAGUGGUGCGAGAAUGCCAAUCGCCGGAGUCAUCAACAUGUCGAUGGUGUUGAAGGACGUUUCCGUCGCGGACAUGAGCUUCGAAGACUGGACUACAGCCACGGAACCGAAAGUCAAAGGAACUCAAAACCUACACGAUGCCAUAUCUUUCCCUCUCGACUUUUUCAUUCUAUUCGGAUCCUGCAGUGGAAUCGCUGGACAAUGGGGCCAAGCCAACUACGGCGCAGCGAACACCUACCUCGAUGCAUUCGUGCAAUAUCGACAUAGCCUUGGUCUCCCUGCAUCAGUGAUUGAUCUCGGAGCUGUGGGUGACGCUGGUUUCGUUUCGGAGAACCGCGAUGUCUUGACGUAUAUGCAAAAUAGCAACACUUACCUCCUCCGUGAACGCGAAGUUCUCGAUGCCGUCAUCUUAGCUAUGCAUCGAUCACAUCCAUCGAAGACUCAGACAUCAACAACAGGUUUUAUCGAUACCAGCCAAAUUGUGCUUGGUCUCAUAACAACAAAACCCCUCUCUGAUCCCCGAACUCGUGUGCCUUGGAAGUCAGAUCCCAGGAUGAGUUUCUACCAUAACCUGCACAGCUCAACCGACGUCUCCACCUCCAGUUCACCAGAGCAAGGAGGGUUCAAAAGCAUCCUCUCGCAGGCUUCUUCUGAUCCUUCAAUCCUCAAGGAAGACAGCACUCGGGAGAUCUUCGCCGAAGCAUUGGGUUCUGCUCUGUUCAGUUUCCUGCUUAAGAGUCCGGAGGAUAUGAGACUUGAUCGGUCGCUUGAUAGUAUUGGGGUUGAUUCUCUUGUUGCGAUGGAGUUGAGGAAUUGGAUUCGACAGAAGUUUGGGACGGAAAUUGGGAUUUUCAAUAUUAUUCAUAGUGCUAGCUUGCUCAGUCUGGCGGACUUGAUUGCUCAGGCUUUGGUGGGGAAGUUUCAGGUGGUGGAGGGGUGAGUAGAUUGCCGUUAUUUUUAGAAUGGUGGAAAGGAUCUUGUUGUACUUCUCUCACAUAUCAACUCUGUUGUUGUUCAAAUGACUCAGGUGGUUUUCCAU